AUGCCGAAAUACUAUAGGUUCAGGGCUCUGACGCCGACUCGCAAACCGAAACGGAGCCGAGAUAAAGAUAAGGAGAGGGAAAUGACAAAGUCCGAAGCAGAGAGAAACUGGCUAGACUCCCUGACGCUGGCGUGUUCGCCUGCGCCGUCGUGGUACCUGCGCCGCACCUCAUGGCGCCAGUCGCCGCCGCUGAUGGGCCUCCCGCGACAGCUCUCUGCCACCCUACGAACCUCCUUCCACCUCAGCAACCGGCCCAUCUUUGUCCUCAAAGUGCCAGCCACUGAACUCCUUAAAAUGUGAUAUCGCUGCGCACACGUCAGGCAACUUGCGAAAGUGGACUUGCAGGCGUUGAAUUUACUUGAGCGUAGGUAUUUGGUGUUAGAUUCUUGGUAAAACGUAAUGGGGAAUUGUGAUUGUUUUUAAUGUUUUUGAGAUUCGUAAAUUUUUUUGUUAAUUUCUUACUUAAUGUCAAUAAUACCUACUAAACCACCCAUAUAUGUGUGACGCGAACGCCUGGUUAAGUGAAAAUGAAUUAUCAAAAAUGAAAUAAGUGAAUUUUAGUCAAAUAUUAUUUUUGUUAUGUUUACACACGUACGUACGUACGUAUGUCGUGACAUGUGUCUGUCCGGUCUGCAGUAGGUUGUUUAGCUCUUUCGUAUAUUCGUGUG